AUGACACCUCCACUGUCGUUCCUCAAACCAAGGUUGAUCGACCUUAUGGUGCUCUACCUUCAACCCUCGGUCUUCCUCAAGGAGCUCGUGCUUCCCUUCCUCGAGCCAUGAGAUGGUAUUAGUCCUGAGAUGAUGGAACAUGUCAAGUCUGUUUAUUACGCCCUUGGGGCGCCUGUAGACUUUGAUGAAGUAUCACUUGACACAAACGCCGGUGAUGAGUCCGUUAAGGAAGCCAUUUUGGCGGUGCAAAGGAAUGGAGUGGCCUUGAAGGGUGGCAUUAAAACUGUACCGGGAAUGAAGUCGAAGAAUCUGAUGAUUCGGAAGGAGUUAGACCUCUUCGCUUACGUACAACGAUGCUACAGUUUUCCGGGCGUAAUAACUCGCCACAAGGACGUUGAUAUUGUUGUCAUUCGUGAAAAUACCGAAGGCGAAUAUAGUCAGGUAAGGCUAAUUGACAGUUUCGUUGUGUAUUUUAACCUGAAGUCGAUUUUUCUUUACGCUCCUUUUCAUGAAUCACUAUUUAAAUAA